CAGGUGUGGUAGGCGCUUUAUGGAGGGGACACGACCAGUGCCACAUAAAUACCCGGAUCUGUCUAUUACAGGUAAGUCAUACUUGUCCAACAUGAUCGCUAUCACCCUCAUCUCUGUGAUUGCCGCGGCAAGUGCCACCAAGUAUUUGGAUCCCACCCACGUGCGAAUUGUGGGCGGGGCCGAGGCGAGUGAGAAUGAAUGGCCGUGGCAGGUGUCGCUGCAGGCCCAGCCCUACUCCUUCUUCCCCUGGUCCCACUUCUGUGGGGGGUCCCUGAUAGCGCCCAACUACGUCCUCACCGCCGCUCACUGCGUGGACGGACAGAGAGCCAGAAAUAUCCGCGCCGUGGCAGGCUUACACCGUCAGUCCGACACCACCACCUCGCAGGCCCUGGCUGUCAACAGAAUCAUCAUGCACCCAGACUACAAUGGUAACGGAGCUGGAUUCCCUAACGAUAUUGCCCUGCUUGAACUGUCUGGAGAGGUUACCUCCAACAGAGCCGAGAUUAUUGGCCUCGCCCGAGGAACCAGCAGCUUUAUUGGCAACCCCGACUGCUGGAUUACAGGGUGGGGAAAGACAUCAGCAAACAGCGGUACAGCUGAGGUACUAAUGGAGGCCCAAAUGGAUGUCAUUGACAACGGAAACUGUGCCGACCAAUGGAGAGCGGUUUCCGGUGCAUCCAUAUUUGACACGCACAUCUGCAUAGAAGCAGAGGGCAGAUCAGCUUGUAAUGGGGAUUCCGGAGGACCCCUGGUUUGUAAGGAUAACGGAGCUUACGUUUUGGCGGGAGCUACGUCAUGGGGAAUCACCACGUGUGAAGGAUUCCCCAGCGUUUACGUACGAGUCAGCAAAUACCUUGACUGGAUCAACGCCAAUAUGGCCUAAACGUUAUUCAUUCUUGUAACCAAUCUCAAUUAAAAUAUAUUAUAAACAACAA